UUGGCGUGAAGAAAAAUGGGCCCAGUGUAAGCUUUUCGGGUUGAUCCAUCUGCUAAUCUGGGUUCAAACUAUGGGCCUUUUAUUUUUAUUGCUCUCGUCUUCAGGAAAGGAACAACCUGAGAGGUUUUUAGCAGGGUUUAAGGCGGCUGUAUUUCUGGUUCUUGCUCACAUUUGCUUCCCAUCUUUUUGUUUCUUUUCCCCCAAUUUUUCCUUUAAUUUUAUGCUCAAUAAUCUACGCUGUUAAAUUUUUCAUAACCUGUUUUGGUCUGUUUUACUUAUUGAAUCAGUGUUAGUUUACUGUUAAUUAAUUAAUAAAUCUGCUGAAAUAUGUGGAGAAGUUUAUCCAAACAAUCUUGUUUAAGAAAAUUCAAUUUUUCUUCUGAAUCCCAUUCUUCUUUCCCUGUUUUUUGUUCUGUAAGAUCCAACCAAUAUUCAAUUUUUGUUGAAAGGUCCUCGCCACUUGAAUUGAAAGACUAUGUAAACACUCAAAACCAAGAACUGGGUUUUUCUCGAGAUUAUUCUUUUUGGCAAAACAGGAAAAUGGACCGUCACAAUUUUGGGAUUUCUAGUGACCCUCUUGGAUUUGCUUUGAGUUCAAGGGAUUAUGGCACAGCAGCCGAGGCUAUAGCAUCAACUUCCGAAGAAGAUAUUGAUGAAAUUCAAGAAUUGGUAGAUGAAUUGAAUAAAGAGAUUCAGGAGAAAGGGAAGCAAAAGCAGCCUAAAAUAGUGGGAGGAAUGGGUGUAGCGAAGUACAACGUUCUUAGAAGGAGGCAAAUAAAGUUGGAGACUGAGGCGUGGGAAGAGGCUGCAAAAGAGUAUCAAGAGCUUUUAGUAGACAUGUGUGAGCAAAAAUUGGCUCCCAAUUUGCCAUACGUGAAGUCAUUGUUCUUGGGGUGGUUUGAGCCGUUAAGAGAUGCCAUUGCUGCUGAACAGGAGUUGUGUAAGGAAGGGAAACACCGGAAGGCUUAUGCUCCACAUUUUGAUCUCUUGCCUGCAGGUAUGAUGGCGGUUAUUACUAUGCAUAAGAUGAUGGCGCUGUUAAUGACUGGUGGAGGCAAUGGCAGUGCUAGGGUAGUGCAAGCCGCAUGUCAUAUUGGCGAAGCCAUUGAGCAAGAGGCCAGAAUACACAGAUUUUUGGAGAAGACCAAGAAGAAGAAUGCAUUAUAUAAAGGUUCUGAAGAAGAACCUGAUCCUGCAGUGAAGGAGGUGGAGAGACUGAGAAAGAAGGUCAAUAUUUUCAUGAAGAAACAAAAAUUGCACCAAGUUAGGAAAAUAGUGAAACAACAAGAUGAUUUAAUGCCCUGGGGCCAGGAUGCUCAAGUAAAGGUUGGCUGCCGUUUGAUUCAGAUAUUAACGGAAACAGCCCAUAUUCAACCUCCAGUCGAUCAGUUAGAAGAUGGACCACCUGAUAUUCGACCUGCAUUUGUGCACUCACUUAAAACUGUGGAAACGCAGAGAGGCAGCAGGAGAUAUGGAGUGAUUGAGUGUGACCCUCUAGUUCGCAAAGGCCUGGAAAGAACUGCUAGGCAUAUGGUGAUUCCAUACAUGCCAAUGUUGGUUCCUCCUCUAAACUGGACAGGGUACGAUAGGGGUGCCUAUUUGUUCCUUCCAUCUUACAUCAUGCGUACACAUGGGGCAAAACAACAACGUGAAGCAGUUAAAAGAGUUCCAAGAAAGCAGUUAGAACCUGUUUUCGAGGCACUUAAUACACUUGGAACUACCAAAUGGAAGGUGAAUAAAAGAAUACUAGCGGUCAUUGACAGAAUCUGGGCUAGUGGCGGUCAACUUGCUGACUUGGUUGACCGUGAAGAUGUUCCUUUACCAGAGGAGCCAGAUACGGAAGAUGAAGCAGAAAUCAGGAAAUGGAAGUGGAAAGUUAAAGCUGCAAAAAAGGAGAAUAGUGAAAGGCAUUCACAGCGAUGUGAUAUAGAACUCAAACUUGCUGUUGCUAGAAAAAUGAAGGAUGAGGAUAGCUUUUAUUACCCUCACAAUUUAGAUUUCCGCGGGCGUGCAUACCCCAUGCACCCAUACUUGAAUCAUCUUGGAUCUGACCUCUGCCGAGGAAUCCUAGAAUUUGCUGAAGGACGCCCACUUGGCAAAUCAGGCUUACGAUGGUUGAAGAUACAUUUAGCAAAUUUAUAUGGUGGCGGUGUGGACAAAUUAUCUUAUGAAGGGCGAAUAGCAUUUGCUGAAAACCAUCUGGAAGAUAUCUUUGAUUCUGCAGAUAGGCCCCUUGAGGGGAAGCGCUGGUGGUUAGGUGCAGAGGAUCCUUUUCAAUGCUUAGCAACAUGUAUGAACCUAUCUGAAUCAUUAAGAAGCCCAUCUCCAGAGACUACCAUAUCUCAUAUGCCUGUCCAUCAGGAUGGCUCAUGUAAUGGCUUGCAACACUAUGCUGCCCUUGGAAGGGACAAGUUGGGAGCAGCUGCCGUCAAUCUUGUUGUGGGAGAUAAACCCGCAGAUGUUUACUCAGGAAUCGCUUCUAGAGUUCUUGACAUCAUGAAGAGGGAUGCUGCAAAAGACCCUGCAACUGAUCCCAAUGUUAUGCGUGCUAGACUGUUAAUUAAGCAGGUGGACCGGAAAUUAGUCAAGCAAACAGUGAUGACAUCAGUAUAUGGUGUCACUUAUAUAGGUGCAAGGGAUCAGAUCAAGAAGAGGUUAAAGGAGCGUGGUGCUAUUGAGGAUGACACAGAGUUGUUUUCUGCAGCUUGCUAUGCAGCAAAGACAACCUUGAUCGCCUUAGGUGAGAUGUUUGAAGCUGCACGGAGCAUCAUGAGUUGGCUUGGAGACUGUGCAAAGAUUAUAGCUAUGAAGAAUGAACCAGUACGCUGGACUACACCACUUGGGCUCCCUGUUGUGCAACCUUACCGAAAAUUAGGAAGACAUCUGAUUAAGACUUCUCUUCAGAUUUUGACCCUCCAACGUGAAACUGACAAGGUGAUGGUUAAGCGGCAGAGAACGGCAUUUCCUCCAAAUUUUGUUCAUUCCCUCGAUGGUUCUCAUAUGAUGAUGACUGCCAUUGCUUGUAAAGAGGCGGGGUUAAGUUUUGCAGGAGUGCAUGAUUCAUACUGGACGCAUGCAUGUGAUGUAGAACAAAUGAACAAGAUUCUCAGAGAAAAGUUUGUUGAACUGUACGACGCACCAAUUUUGGAGAAUUUGUUGGAAAGUUUUCAGCAGUCUUUCCCAAAGUUAGACUUUCCUCCAUUGCCAGAACGUGGAGAUUUUGACUUGAGAGAAGUCCUGGCAUCUCCCUAUUUUUUCAACUAAAUGAACAGAUGUUGCCUACUUUUCAAGGAAUUCUUACUUCUAAAUCGCUUGGUCAUUGCAUCUCCGAAUAACUUUGGUUCUUCUAUGCUUUUAGCCGACUGAGAACAAAAGAGCACGAAGAGCACACCCUCUUAUAAUUGGCUCCCGUUUAUUGAUCACGGGUUUUCUUUCGUACAUAUAUCAGAAAGAUGCAUACAGUAAGGUGUUUGGGAUAAUUGAAUUUCUUCCCCAACGUCUUGACAUAUAUGACCACGUCAUGGACCCCAGCUUUUGGGACUAGAUGGUGCACCAGUUGCUUUAAUGGCUAAACGAGCAUAUCAUGCAAAUGCCACGGUAUUGAUACUAACAUUUUGAGAGUGAAAUAGAGGAUCUGCAGUGUAUAAGAUGGGGGUUUGAAUCAAACUUCAACGUAGAUUUAUGUACAUACUUCUUUCGAUACUUUGUCCAAGUUGCAUAACUGAUGCCAAAGGGGUGUUGAGUUUUGAAGAACUGGUAUCUCAGUGGAGAGAGGGCCGAAUUGGUUGUUAACACUGGUAUUAUCCCGGUUAGCUCGACUCACCUUUGUAUAACAUAAAGCAAUGCAUGUAGUUCUAUAGAAAUUUUGUAGGUGCUAUUUAUUUUAUUUUAUUUUUCUCAAAGCUUUGUAUUAAUAAAGAAAAGGGUAAUUUUUUAAUAGAGGUGAAAUGAUUUCUUCU